GGGUGAGCCCCGGACCAUACCCGGAUCCAGCCCCGGACACUGAAGCAGGCGGGGACCGGGAAGGCCGCGAGGCCCGGUGGGGUCAAGGUUCGGAGGUGACGGGUCCAAGGCCCCGCCUAAGGUAAGAGGAGCCUGUCCACCCCCUAGGACGCCGCGGGAAGACCCCGCACCCGAAGUUGAACUUCUCAACAUCCGUCGGGAUUGGGAAACUGAGCACAUUGACGGUUCUCGGCGUCUCGCAGCUAGAAAGUGCAGCCGCAAAUGUGGUCGCAGUCCCAGUUUUCUGCCCCGGCCGCGUCCGAUCAGGUCUGCAGAACUUCCGAGCGUCUGAGCUCCUGGCAUUGGACAGGCGCACGGGAGACGCUCCUUGUGAAUGAGUACAAGAAAUCGGCGGCCAAUAGAAAGGAAAAGCCUGCUGAUCCUCAACUUGGGGACACUAGAGGCGCGAGCAUUUAUUGAACCCUUAUUGUAUGCUCCGACGGGCCAGUACUUGUCUCCAUUUUACCGAGGAAUCAGAGGCUCAGAGAAGUGAAGUCACCUCCCUAAGGCCGCACAGCUCAUAAGCGACUGAGACUGAAUUGGAAACCUGGAGCCUCUGAUUCCAUGUUAGCACUUCCAAGUCGGUGACAAGUGAAGUUCAGGGGAACAACAGAAAAGGGAAGAGUCAACAGGUCGCUGGAGCUGCCAGCCAUUUGGAAUUGAAACACUGCAGAAGAGGAAGCAGAGUGUGAAGGCCAGGCCCCGUGGGGGCUGGGGGCUGAUGGCCGGCAGACAGCUGAAUCUGCACUGGGUGCUGCAUUUACUCUGUGUGCUGAUGAUGGUGAGGACAGUGUCCGGGGCCAGCAGCCCACCUACAGGGACCCACACCAGCCCCGAGUUUCCAGCCUCAGGUGUGAACCAGACCCCUGUGGUAGAUUGUCGUGAUGUGUGCAGCCUCAAUGCCUCUGACCGAUGUGACUUCAUCCGGACCAACCCUGACUGCCACAGCGAGGGGGGCUACCUGGACUACCUGGAAGGCAUCUUCUGCCACUUCCCCCCGCACCUCCUCCCUCUGGUCAUCACCUUCUAUGCUUUCUGGCUGCUUUACCUGUUUCUGAUUCUGGGAGUCACGGCGGGCAAGUUUUUCUGCCCUAACUUGUCAGCCAUUUCCACCGUGCUCAAACUUUCCCACAAUGUGGCAGGCGUCACCUUCCUGGCAUUUGGGAACGGCGCACCCGACAUCUUCAGUGCCCUGGUGGCUUUCUCGGAUCCGCACACAGCCAGCCUGGCCCUUGGGGCACUGUUUGGUGCGGGCGUGCUGGUCACCACGGUGGUGGCCGGAGGCAUUGCCAUCCUACGCCCCUUCACGGCCGCCUCCAGGCCCUUCCUCAGGGACAUCAUCUUUUACAUGGUGGCCGUGUUCCUGACCUUCACCGCACUCUACCUCGGCAGGGUCACGCUGGCAUGGGCCCUGGGUUACCUAGGCUUGUACGUGUUCUAUGUGUUCACUGUGGUUCUCUGUACCUGGAUCUACCAGUGGCAGCGGAGCAGAAGCCUGGUCUACUCCAUGCCUGGUACUCCAGAGAUGCCCUCAGAUUCCGAGGACGAUCGGGUGUCCUCCACUACCAACAGCUACGAUUACAGGGAAGAGUGCCAGCCGCUGCUCUUCUACCAGGAGACCACAGCUCAGAUCCUCGUGCGUGCACUCAACCCCCUGGAUUACAGGAAGUGGAGGUACAAGCCUGCCUACUGGAAGGUCCUCAAGGUGUUCAAGCUGCCCGUGGAGUUCCUGCUGCUCCUCACCGUCCCCCUCGUGGACCCUGACCAGGAAGAUAGAAACUGGAAACGGCCCCUCAACUGCCUGCACCUGGUGAUAAGCCCGUUGGUAUUGGUCCUGACGCUGCAGUCGGGAGCCUAUGGCGUCUAUGAGAUAGGUGGCCUCUUUCCUGUCUGGGGUGUGGUGGUGAUUGUGGGCACAGCCUUGGCUGCCGUGACCUUUUUUGCCACAUCUAACAGCGAGCCGCCCAGGCUUCACUGGCUCUUUGCUUUCCUGGGCUUCCUGACCAGUGCCCUGUGGAUCAAUGCAGCUGCUACGGAGGUGGUGAACAUCCUGCGGUCCCUGGGCGUGGUCUUCCAGCUGAGCAACACUGUGCUGGGGCUCACGCUGCUGGCCUGGGGGAACAGCAUCGGAGAUGUCUUCUCUGAUUUCACGCUGGCCCGCCAGGGCUACCCGCGGAUGGCGUUCUCAGCCUGUUUUGGUGGCAUCAUCUUCAACAUCCUGGUGGGCGUGGGACUGGGCUGCCUGCUGCAGCUCUCCAGGGGCCACGUGGAGGUGAAGCUGGAGCCAGACGGACUGUUGGUGUGGGUCUUGGCGGGCGCCCUGGGCCUCAGCCUCGUCUGUUCCCUGGUCUCGGUUCCACUGCAGUGCUUCCAGCUGAACAAAGUCUAUGGCUUCUGCCUGCUCCUCUUCUACGCGAAUUUCCUCGUGGUGGCCCUGCUCACGGAAUUUGGAGUGAUUCACUUGAAAAGUAUGUGAGUGACGCCGAGUGUCCAGGUCCACCUGGUGGUCGGGAGGUGUCACUGCAGGCAGGGAGAUGGAAGAUGGAAGACCUUCUGCAGAGCCUGCAGGGAGAGGCACGCACCGCAGUGAAUGGGGUGUGGGUCCUGGGGAGCUGUUCUCUACUGAAGGUUCCCAGGUGCCGCUGUGUUCAGGGAAAAGCACUAAGCCCCGUUUCCGGGACUUUGGAGACUGGGCUUCACUGUGGGUGGACAGUUCCAGGCAGGAGGUAAAACACUUCUUGAAUCGCCUCCAGAGCCUCUCGAAGGUUGGGGUUUGGGGUGAAGGAGAUGACUGGGUGCCUUCCAGGCUGGUCUUGGAAGACCUGCAAAAUGUUCAGGGCUGGAGGCAACUACAGAGGCCCAGGCCCUGGCCCCUUCUCCGUGUGCCCUGCUGCCUUCUUGCAUCUUCUCCUCAGGGCUCAAACAGAUGCCAAAGCGGGGUUUAGGGAGUAAGGGCGACUGGGACCCCGUGGAUAGAACACCUUGUGUGCUGUGGGCCUCAGGCCAAUGUGGGCUGACUUCUAGAGCUGCACCGUCCAACAGAAACGGAAUGUGAGACACAGACCUAAUUUCAAAUUUUUUAGUCACAUUAAAGAAAGCCAAAAGAAACAGGUGAAAUUAAUGGUAAUAUAUUUUAUUGAACGCGAUGGCGCCAACAUAUCAGCUUGUGGCACUGGCCCCACUUGUGGCAGCCACAUUGGAUGGCACAGCUCUAGACCGUAUCUCUGCGACUGCCUGCUGGCUCUUGGCUAACUGUGCCCUGAACCUUGAGCUGCAAAACAGGAGUCAGUCUGUGCCCUGUGCCUACCUCAGGGGAGCCGUGGACUGGGGUUCCAAGGACUACAAGCUCUGGGGGAGGACGAGCAGUGCCCCCCACCCCUCAGGACCUUCCUGCUGCCAAUAACCUUGCCUCUUCAAGUAAGAGUUUGCCCGCUUGCCUUAUGCUGGCAGUAAAGGGAUUCAGCUGUCUUUUUACCAAUGAAAAAGUUAUUAAAUAUUUCAAAUAUACAGAAAAAGUACAGCUAGUUCUUACCAGUUCUUCCUUACCUGGGCCAGGUGAUGAGGGAUUGGUCCCAUGGCUGAAGGCUCUUGGGCCUGACAUAUCUGGGCUUCGUGGCACAUCUAGGGAUGGAGCUGAGGUAGGCUCAGUACCAGCCAUGGAUGGGACCUCCUCACUUACUCCACAGCACCAGAAGCCACAGAAUGGCACCUGGCAGAUGUCACGAGGCAGCAGCCACUUUUACAAAGCAGAGGCUCUUUUAUUAAUAUGCCAGACGUCCGGAGACACAGUGGGUUUUCUAGGUAACAAAUCAAUGUACAAAACCUUACAGCAUUGCUCCCGCUAUCCGUACAAAAUGAUUGUCGCGUGGUGUGGAGUAAGGCUGGUUUGGGGGACGGAAGCAAGGAAGGACCAGAUGGCACCCCCCCCCACCCCCAAAGUGGGGCAGGGGCACAGAGCCAUCACGGCCACUGAUAGGUUGCUUGACCCAGGCGAGUCUCAGCUUGGUUUUGCUAAGCUAUGACAUGGGAGGUAAGGGCAUCUGAGCUGGAUGAUAUCCUGGGUCCCUCAGAGCUCACAGCCCUGGGUGACACCGGCUCCCUGCUCCAGGAGCCUAAGUGCAAUUUUGAGGGUCAACUUGCCGAGGCCACAGGUGACCCCGUGGGGACAGCUGUCCUCAUCUUCAAGGACGCUGACCAGUGGCUGGUCUGGUCCAUCAGCACUGUUGGCCCUUUGCAUUCAUCCCGUCCUAGCUACACCAGGGCCUUUCCCAGGGUUGGGAGGGACGGACUCGAGCACCCCCCCCCCUUCCUGAUACCAGCCCUCACACUGGGGGGCCUCAACUCCCCUGGUGCCCUUCCCAGGUUUGCAGCCCCUUGGGGGCAGAGGGAGGGACUAGAAUGAGGCCCAGACACUCAGCUCGGAGGACGCCCACCCUCCUUUAAAAGCUGCCCCUUCACCCCGCUUCCAAAACUCCCAUUUCAAUACAAGAAAGCUAAAAGGCACCCAGUUGUGCAAAUGAAGUUGCUUCUCUGGGGAGGGAAAGGGUUCUGCUUGGGGCUCGGUACUGAGCUGCCCGUGACAGCCAGUGGCCCUCCAGAGACGAAGAGGACAUCAGCCUCCUGAUCCCUGUGGGCAUCGCAGGGGUUCCCCAGAAUUCCUUGUUUCCCCAAAGGGCUGUGCUUUAAAAACACAAAUGCCCACCACUUCUCCCCUGGUGAGCGCAGAGCUGUGCAGUGUUGGCUAGGGGGCCAUGGAGAGGGCGUGGGGCCGCCGGUACUGUAUCCCUGGGAUCACGCCCUGCCCUGUCAGGAGGAAGACAGGGUGAGGGGAACCUCUGCCCAUCAGUCUUCCUAAGUCAUGGGAGGUGGGGGAGGCAGCUGGAGAGCUGGAUGCCCAGGGCGGCUGCGCCCCCGGCCCCUCCCAUCCCUGCAUCCCGCCACCUCUGCCUCCUGCACCAUGAGAGGUUUGCAGCCCCGGAGAGCUGCACAGGUCCCUCCACUCCAACCCUGCCUCUGCAGCCACCAGCACCGCUCAGCAGGACGGCCAACCUUGCCGGCUUGC